CGGCUGGUAACCAGGGCGACGGCGGGUGGGGCGGGCCGCCGGCUCCCAGCUCUCUAGGUGCUCGCCGUGCCGGAGCGUCCGCCUCGCUGGCCGUGCGGGGUCCGAGCCGCCCCCAGAUUGAGGAUGGAAGAGCCACAGGGGUUUUUCUCCACUGGUGACGGCUGCGUCGGUGACACGGUCACAGAAAGGUGCCUGGUCGAAUCUAAGGAGCCCGUGUCCCAUGUUCAGCUUGCUUGUGGCCUGUGGUUCUGCGCUUUCCCUUUAGAUGGGAAUGAACUUUGCGUGUGGAGCACCAAGGACCCUUCUUACCAGCCUCUAAUCCUAAGAGGACACCGUCAGCCGAUCACCGCUGUGACAUUUGGAAAUACAGUGAGUCCGCUUCUCAUCUGUUCCGCAUCACAGGAUUAUGUUAUGUUGUGGAGUCUGGAUGAGUGCAGACAGAAAGUGCUUCUAGGGCUGACUCCUCGAGGGCUCGUCCUGGGCACCCUUCUGGGGAAGGCGCUGUAUUUGAGGCUGAGCCCGGACGACCGAGCAGCUGCGGUGUGUGCCGGGAAUAAAAUCUUUAUGCUGGAUACCGAGAGCCGGUCUACACUAGCUGUGCCGGAGGGUCACCGGGGCCCCGUGACUACAGCUGAGUUCUGUCCAUGGCAAACACAUAUCAUCAUUUCAGUGUCUGAAGACAGAAGCUUUAAGGUAAGGGCAUGGGCACCGGGAUACUUCAGAUGCUUUCUAGAAGGACUUUCUGGUUUGUGGUCCCUGCACAUACACUCUUGUGUCGGCCAGGAGUGUCCCAACGUCCCCAGCUGGGCUUGGGUUACCUGCGGGCCCCUCCUCCUCAAGUCCAGGGCCUUCGGGAACCGCCACGUCGUUCUCUCUUUUUCUUUGAAAAGUAGCCUGCCUUCUGAGAGUGCCCCGUGCCUGUGGGUUGGAAGCUCCUCUGGCUUACUCAUACUUAACUUGGCGAACUUCGAAUUGGAAGGCGUUUUACGUUACAAGGAUUUCAGGAGCCUCAGCAUUCAGGUUGCCGGAUCGUGCGCAAUGAUGAGCAAGGCCGGCGAGCAAAAGGCCAUCUGCUUACUGACGUCCAUGUUUGGCGGUCAGAUCGCCGUGUUGGAAAUCCGUCUCGCGGCUCUGGUGCGGUCUCGGCAAGGUCUCGGUGCCGGAAGGAGCCUGUCGGUGCUGCCUCGUGGCUGUGUCCUGUCCACGUCUCCGCUGCACUUCAGAAUUGCUGAGGAGCGCAGGACCCCACCGGCGCCUCAGCGACGGUCCGCGGUACGGAGCACCGUUCAGGACCAGCCUCUGGUUUUCCACGGCAAAGUGAGGUCAUCUGGGUAUGCGACCGCCCGGCAUGACUGGCAUCCUCCCUCCUCCGGGCCCCAGGGGACUUUCAGAUCCUGCGGCAGUGCAGAGCCUCUGGUGGUGGCCACCCCCUCCUGCCCCUUGGUGCGGGAUGGGGGUGUGGCUGUCCCUCGGCUGUCCCCGGAGCUCAGCACCAUGUGCCCCAGCAUCUCUGGGAGCUUGUUUCUUCAUCUUAAAAACCAUCUCGAAACCAGCGUCACUAUGUUUUCACCCAAGACCAACACCAGGAAUAACGGUGACAGCCCUUCACGCCGCAGGGGCAGUCACAGGUGUAAGGAGUACCCUCUGGAGAGUUCUCCGCCAACCAGACUCCACAAGCAGCGUGUCCUUGCCCACGGGCCAGCCGCCGCGCUCUGUGUCCAGUUCUCGGGAGAUGGGCGGUGGCUGGCCUGUGGCUUAGCCAACCACUUGUCGCUGGUCUUCCGUGCUGAUCUUACUGGGACACCUGCUGUCUUCUCAGGUCAUGACGGGGCAGUGAGCACGGUGUGCUGGAGUCAUGACGGCCGGUGGCUGCUGUCCACUUCCCUGGACGGGAUGCCGAGGGUGUGGUCGCUGCGUAGGGCGGAGCUCGUGCUGUGUGUGGGCAGAGACCUGUUCCCGAAGCCCAUCCAGUCCGCCCAGUUUUACUACCUGGAUGCUUUUAUAUUGUGUUCUUCUGGCCCUGAACUUCAGCUCCUGAAGUGUCACAUUGACACGAGCAAGGAUGAGAUAAGAAGGUACAAACAAAGGAGCAGGUGCAGGCCCGUUUUCAGGCUCCCCACAGCUGGCCCAACAGAGAUCACCAGCCUGUCCGCCGCGAACGACUUUUAUUCCUACCUGGUGCUCACCGCGGGCGGGGACAAGACCGUGGAGGUGUUCGACCUCAAUGCGGGCCGCAGUGCAGCCGUGAUAGCGGAAGCCCAUUCACGGCCUGUGCACCAAAUCUGUCAGAAUAAGGGAUCAUCAUUCGCGACCCAACAAUAUCAGCUUUAUAACCUUUUUGCCACCACGGCCAUUGGCGAUGGGAUAAAGCUGUGGGACUCGAGAACCCUGAGAUGUGAGCACCGUUUUGAAGGACAUCCGAACCACGGAUACCCAUGUGGAAUUGCUUUUAGCCCUUGUGGACGCUACGUGGCUUCUGGUGCCGAGGACAGACACGCGUACGUGUAUGAAAUGGGCUCGAGCACGUUUUCUCACAGACUGGCCGGACACACGGACACCGUUGCUGGCGUGGCCUUCAGCCCGUCAGCCCCCCAGCUUGCCACCACCACCCUGGACGGCAAACUGCAGCUGUUUGUGGCCGAAUAACUCACCUCGGGCCGGUGCGCCGCGGGCGCGAGGGGGACGUGGCCAAGGCUGCUGGAUCCCAAGCCGCUGCUGCCCUGUGUCCCUCAUGCUGGCAAGGUCUCCCGCCCCGCGGGACGGUCCCCCUUCCCGGAGACGGAGUUGGCCUCCAGCACUCGUGCGCAGAACAUGGUGAAGUUACAACAGAAUGUUCUUCAAUAAAAAGUAACCCAGU